GAAACCGUCGGUCGAAGCCAUGAAGCCACAGAAAGGAGGUGCGAAGAAGGGCGGCGGGAAACCCAAGAGCAAGCUCGUGGUGACUUUCGACGCAGACAAGCGCAAGGAAUACUUGACUGGGUUCCACAAGCGCAAGCAGGAUCGACGGCGGUUCGGGCAUGACAUGGAAGCGUUCAAGAAGAAGAAGGCUCAAAUUGAAGCGCGAAAGAUCCGCAAAGCAGAACAGAAAGAGCUCCUCGCGUCGCUACCUGAAGUGGCGGAUGUAAAACACGCGGCGACCGAUGGCGACGCCGAGGUUGUCGACUAUGACGACGAGCACACUCAAGGUCCGUGCAGCUUUUUGUCCUCGAUGCACCUCCGUCGUAGGACUCGACCUCCUCUUGGCGGACUCGGCGUAGGCAAAUUCGGCGACGUGGUGACUGUGACGACGUCGGUUGGUGACUUGAAAAGCGACAGCGAGGACGAACUGGAUGACGAGGAGAACGACUUGUUGUUGGCGGCGCUGGCAAAGAAAAAGGACCGGGAGAACCAAAAGCAGAAGAACCACUUGACGCUGUUCCAGCGCGUGCAACUCAAGCGCAAGGGCGUCGCGCUCCCGACAAAGCGCUCCAAGAUCAAAGCUGCCAAGCAGAAUGCGAAACGAAAUGGCAAGGCCCACGGCACGGCAGGCAUGACCAAGAAGGGACCAAAGAAGGACGGUGUCGACGAAAAGAUCGACAAGCGAAAGGGAUUCCACAAAGCGCGCAGAGGCAAGCACGCAGCGUAAUGGAAUGCACCACAUCUCGACGUUUGUACGUGUCGUCGGCGCAUGAAUGGCAG